CCCGGGGCAAAGCUUUUGUCGACAUCUGUGGUCCACACCACAAGGUCCCGGGGUACGUGAAGCCUCUUUUAGCUCUCCUCAGCAUUUCCUCGGACCCCCUCUUCUUGGCCUCCUCCUUAGCCAUAAAAGGCAGCACAUCUUGCUCUGACCCACGCUCCUCCACCGGCGACCUGACCGCAGCGCGGACCGCCUCUCUGUCCAGUUGGUCGAGGGGCUCACUCAGCCACAGUGCAGUUCAUUCCCCCUUCUGACUUCUUUGAGCGCCAUGGACACGCUGGAACACCCGAAUGAGCGUCCCCGAGGCUGGUAUCUGGCCCUAAUGGCACCCAACAGCAAGGGACCGUCGUUUGCCUGGCUGGACCCGUCCAGACUGUACUGCAACUCGCAGGCCCUGGCAGACUGUGUCAAAGAUAUUCUCAGCCCCUUUUGGAACGACACCAUCGACCUGGUGGCCGGGAUAGACGCCAUGGGAUUCAUUCUAGGUGCAUCUGUCGCCACCACGCUGGGCAAAGGCUUCCUUGCGGUGCGUAAAGCUGGACAUCUUUGCGUGAGCAGCCAACAGCAAACUUACACCGACUACACUGGCAGGGAGAAGACCAUGGAGGUACGAGAGGAUGUGCUUAAACCUGGUGUGAGGGUUUUGUUAGUGGACCAGUGGAUCGAGACCGGAGGAACCAUGAAGGCUGCCAUUCAGUUGCUGGAGAGGAUGGGAGCCAUCAUUGUCGGUGUUGCCGCUGUGGCUAUGGAGAAUACGGAAGGAGGCAAGUGGAUUCAAGACAAUUACAAAUGCUCGCACUGCAUCCCUGCGGAGCUCCAGAAACAAAUCGAUCAAAAAUAUUUGGACUCCUUCAAAAGCUUCAAGAAAUCAUGAGUGUGGUCACAAUGACUUUGACUGCAUGUUCCAUAACAUUCCUUUCAUAAAAAUAUUUUAUUGCAGACUAUUGCAACAUCACCGAUGUAACACGACAAAACAUUUCCGAACGUUUUUAACACUUAACGGCAACAAAAGUGUACAUAAAGUUAUAGUUACUAAAUAAAGUUUGUGUUGAAGGUUUGAAGUUUUAUUAUAUGUUAUUGACAGAAAAUGAGAAAAAAAGGCAAAUAAAUAGUGCUUUUUCUCCC